UUCAAACCCUAGCCAGCCAGAUCUAUAUAUCCAAUUAUCUAUAUAAAGUUCCUAGAAUCAAAUCGAUCCCUUUGUACCCACCAAGACGAAAAAAAGCAAAAAGGGCUUCGACGUAUACUAAAAUAAGAAAAUGAACCAUAUCCAUUAUUCCAAUGGUAGAAAAUCUCAACCAAAGAUCAACAACAAGAAGAGACUCACCGAGGACCAAGUGAGGCUUUUGGAAACGAGUUUCAACUUCAAUAACAAGCUAGACCCGGAUCAGAAGUUGCAACUAGCCAUGGAACUAGGUAUUUCUUCUAGAAGGGUCGCAGUUUGGUAUCAAAACAAGCGUGCGAGGUGGAAGAGCCAGAGUCUUGAGGAUGACCAUAGAACCAUCAAGAUGAGGUUGGAGAGUGUAUUGACCGAGAACGAGAGACUUGAGAGGGAAGUUGUGAGGCUUAGACACGACUUGGAUAAAGCUCACGACAUCCUCGUGUGAUGAAGUUGGGAGCUCGAGCUUGUUCCAUGAAGACUCGAGGCCUUGCUUGGACAAAGAUUUUUAUGGCUUUGAUUGGUUUAAGAGGCUCGACUAAUCUAAAAUGUGGUGUGAUUUGAUUUUCUAUAUGUUUGAUGAUGAAUUGUUUAUGUUUUGUUAUGGAUCGAGAAGAAAGAAUGAUCAUGGGUCGGGUGACCAUAAUGAAUAGACUUUUCGAUCCAUUUUGUUAUGUAUUCGAUCCGAUUGACAUUAAAGAUUACUCGUCGGUGGGUUGAUUGAUUACUA